AUGGCGGAAGUGAAUCCCCAGACAGGCCUCCCUCCUAACUGGGAGGUCCGCAUGAGCCAGAGCAAGGGCCUGCCCUACUACUUCAACACAGCCGACAAGAACUCGCGCUGGGAGCCGCCCCCGGGCACCGACACCGAGAAGCUGAAGACCUACAUGGCAACUUACCACAGUGUCGCCAGGCCCCCAGCACCCCAGGCCCCUGCUUACAAUGCGAAUGACCGUGCUGGCAAGAUUCGCUGCGCGCACCUGCUAGUGAAGCACGAAGAGAGCCGCCGUCCGGCUUCGUGGCGCGAGGCUAAGAUCACACGCACGAAGGCGCAAGCGCUCGAGAUCAUCAAGGCCUAUCAGGAGCGCAUCAAGAAGGGAGAGAUCUCUCUCGGCCAGCUGGCAUUGACUGAGUCGGAUUGCAGUAGCGCGCGGAAGUACGGUGAUCUGGGUUUCUUUGGGCGCGGUGAGAUGCAGCCCGAGUUCGAAGAGGCUGCGUUUGCUCUGAAAGUCGGCGAGAUCUCGGAUGUGGUCGAGACGGCGAGUGGGUAUCACUUGAUCGAGAGGCUCGAGUAG